AUGGAAGUAGGACUAAGCGAUACUAAAGGAGCAGCAGAAGCCAUUCAGAAGGCUCAAGCGGACCUAAGAGUUGAGUACGAUGUCCGCGAGGAAAGGAGGAGAGAACUGGAGUUUCUGGAGAAUGGUGGAAAUCCUUUGGAUUUUAAGUUUGGUUAUGCUACUUCACAAAGUGUCCAAUCUACAUCGCUUGCAGAUAAGAAAGUAGUUAAGAGUGGAGUCAAGGAUACUCUUCUCCGGACUGCAUCACCACCUGGUGAUUCUGUUGAGAGUAGUGGUAGACCUGGAGUUUCUGAACCCAACACAGCUGAUAAUCUCUUAUUCUUUGAUUCUGAGAAUAAGUCACUUGAAGGAGACAAAAAUUCACAAUAUCGUAUUAAGAGGAGCAGAACUUGUGAAUUCAAAGUUAAUCAUUCCCAGGGUAGAAAGGAGACUGAAGAUUCUGCCAUUUUUCGCCCAUAUGCUCGUAGAAACAGAUCGAAAAUAAACCGUGAUCCAGCACGGUCGGAGUUAGUUCAGAGUCGUGGUGGUGGUCUUGCAACGUCUCUCUCAGUUCGCAAAGAAGCUGUGGAUGUCAAAGGUUCUGAUUCCGAAGCAGGCAAUCAUAAGACUAAAAAAGUACCCUCUGCAACAUCUAAUGGUAAUAAUACCCUUUCAAAGGAUGUAGUCCCAACCAACUUGUUAGAGACAGAAAAUGAUGAAAUGGUUGUGCGAGAAAGCACUGCUACAACAGAAAACAGUCCUGUUGAAGAGAAAGUCAAUAGCGUUUUUAGAAAAAGUUCUGUAGAUGUGGCUUCCAGAGAGACUAGUGUUACUGGAGUCAAAGCACAUGUUGUCUCUGCUAGUACAGUUAUAGAUUCUCUCAGUGCUGUAAUGACUGGUUGCCAGGAAACUAACUCUAGCCAGUUGAAUGGCCUUGAGGAUCCCAGUGGGGAGAAAGAAUGCUCUAAAGAUAGCGCAGCUGUAGAGGAAAAACGGUUAGAUCAAGAGUCCUCUCAUGCUAACGACGUUGAAGUAGAUGUACACACUAUAGUCGAUCUCCAUAGAGUGGACAAAUCUGACUCCAACAGUAUACCUGUGCAGAAUGCUUCAAGAGUAGAGGAGACACUGAAUCACACAAUUGGCGAAAUGGCGAAUACAAAGAGUGAGGACGAGGCUGGUGAAUCUACCAUCCUUACUAGUGAGCAAAAUUCUGGGUAUCAAAGCCAAUCGAAACCGCUCAAAGUCGAAAGUCAAGAUCAUAUAAGUACAGUUGCGCUGCAUAAUGAAAAUAAAUCUUCUGAAUCUGAGAGCAAACAACAAGAUGGUUUGGGCAUACCGCAAACUGAUAUUAAAGUUACUAGUGGGAUGGCUGACGCUUCGGACAGCUCUUUGUCUCCUAUAACGUCUCAGGCAGCUACAGAAACCAGUCCUUGCAGAUUUAGCAAAAAUGUAUUGCUUGAACCUGGCAUUACAGCACUAGAAGACCAGCAUAGUUUAGACGAUGGCUCAAGAAAGACAGAUACUUUGAUGGAGGACACUAUCCUUGAGGAGGCACGAAUUAUAAAGGAAAAGAGACAGCGGAUUGCUGAAUUAUCUUUGAGUACCUUACCAGCGGAGGUUCGUACGAAAUCUCAAUGGGAAUUUGUCCUUGAAGAAAUGGCAUGGCUGGCAAAUGAUUUUGCGCAGGAGCGUCUUUGGAAGAUGACUGCUGCCAUGCAGAUUUGCCACCGAGCUGCUUUUACCUCUCAGCUGAAAUUUGAGGAACGAAUUCAGCGCAGAAAUCUGAAAAGCUUAGCUUCAACCUUUGCUAAUGCUGUCUUGCAGUUCUGGAACUCUGUGGAGGUCCUUAGGGAGCAUGAGGAGACAAGCUUGGGAACUAAUACGGAGACAGUGAAGGAAUUGAAGUCCGAUAGCGGCGACAAAUUUUCAGCUUCUGGUAUCACCGAAUAUGCACGUAGAUUUUUGAAGUUUAUGAAGUCUUCUACCCCCCAUCUGCAAGUAGCAGUACCGUCGACACCUGAGCAUAUGUGUGACCCUGGCAUAGUGGAGACAUCUUGGGAUGAUCCACUUACCGAAGAAAGCUUAUUUUAUUCAGUUCCAUCUGGUGCAAUGGAAGCCUACCGAGGGUCCAUUGAAUCUCAUCUUGUCUUGUGUGAGAAAUCCGGAAGUAGCAUCAAGGAGGAGGUUGAGACAUCAGCGUAUGAUCCAGCAGAAGAUACAGGAUACAAUGGUUAUAAUGAGGAUGAUGAAGAAACGAGUAGCUAUUAUAUGCCUGGAGCUCUUAGAUAUAGGAAAUCAAAUAAUUUAACCCACAAAAAAAGAAAAAACUCGAUGAAGUAUCAUUCUGCUCGGUCAUAUGAUCAUGGGGCUGAUCUGCCACACGGUAGCUAUACUGGUGUCUCCAACCCAUUGAUGGGAAACAAGCUUGCCAGUAAUCUCAAUACGGGUUCAGUUUUAAUGAAGCGAAUUCGCACUGCUUCAAGGCAUACGACUGUGAGUGGGGACACUAGUGGGGACACUAGUUCUUUUCAGGAUGAGCAAAGUAGUUUGAAUGGUGGAUCUGCCGUUCAGAAAGGCACUGAAGUCGAAUCUAGUCGUAAUUUUGAGAAGCAGCUACCUUGUGACAUGGCUGAAACAUCAGAAAAACCUAAGAAGAAGGGCUCUGCAUAUGAACAAUCUUGGCAUCUUGAUUCAAUGGUCCAUGGUGAAAAGGAGCACCGUAAGAAGAGACCGGAGAAACAACUCAAUAUGAAUGGUCUGCAUGGUUCACAUAAGAAGCAAAAGACUGUCAAACAAUCACUGGAGAAUAGUUUUUACAGUACUAUUCCUUCCCCGGCAGCUUCUCAGAUGAGCAAUAUGUCCAACCCCAACAAAUUUCUUAAGUUCAUUGGGGGCCGGGACAGGGGCAGAAAAUUAAAAGGCUUAAAGAUUUCUUCUGGUCAACAUGGAUCUGAAAAUCCGUGGACACUAUUUGAGGACCAGGCGCUUAUUGUCCUGGUGCAUGACCUGGGCCCUAACUGGGAGCUCAUUGCUGAUGCUUUGAAAAGCACUCUUAAAAUUAAGCGUAUAUAUCGUCAUCCAAGUGAUUGCAAGGAGCGGCAUAGGAUUCUAAUGGACAAAACUGGUGGUGAUGGGGCUGAUAGUGCAGAAGACUCAGGAAAUUCUCAGGCUUAUCCAUCCACUUUGCCUGGCAUCCCAAAGGGAAGUGCAAGACAGUUGUUUCAACGCUUGCAAGGGCCGGUGGAAGAAGAUACAUUGAAGUCCCAUUUUGAGACGAUUUGUUCGAUUGGGAAGAAGUUUCAUCAAAGAUUCGUACAGAAGGAUGGUCGGGACCCUAAGCAGAUAGUACCAGUUCAUAAUUCUCAAAUUAUGGCUCUUUCUCAAGUAUUUCCAAAUAAUCUGAAUGGAAGUGUCCUCACUCCCCUUGAUCUCUGUGAUACAUCAACGUCAGGUGAAGAUGAAUUUUCACUUGAAAAUUCAGGUCUGCCAAUACUGCCUGUGUUAUCAGUGGUUCCUGCAUCUGAAGCAAAUCCUUCUAGCAACAACUUGUCAACCACAUCUAGCCCAACCAGUGCGUCGGCAAGAUUCAAUAUUCCUAGAGGAUCGUUGCCACCAGAGGAACAACACCGAAUCCAACAACAUAACGUCUCCGGUAGAAACCGGCAGCAGCCUUCUUUAUCAACUCCAGCAGCUGUCUCAGGACCUGAUCCUGGGCCUCGCCCACCUGGUGGAAAGGCUAUGAGUGUAAAUGGAACCCAUAGGAGCUCACCGUUGUCAAGGCCUGGUUUUCAGGGGGUGAGCUCAUUGGCAGUGCCAAACGCUAGCAGUAUGCUUUCCUCUGGGAUGGGAGGAAUUUCAAAUACUGGAAAUAUUAAAACUCUAGGAAACUCUACGUUAAGGCCUCGGGGAGCCAUGCAGCAUAUGAUGCGGAUGCAGGCUGGCAAAGGGAAUGGUCUGGGGAUUCCGGCUUUGAGUUCUGGAUUUACCAAUCAAACAAUUCCCUCCGUUCAGGCCUAUCCAGGCCAUCUUUCCCAGCAGCACCAGCUGUCGCAACAGUCGCAUGUUCUUGGCAAUUCACUUAAUCCUCCUCUCCAGAGUCCUAAUCGUGCAGCUGGGACACAGCAGCAAGCGUUUGCUAUUCGCCAAAGACAAAUGGCUCAGCGAUAUUUGCAACAGCAGCAACAGUUUCCACCAGCCGGUGCUAUGCCGCCACAUGCACUACCAUCAAGACCUCAAGUUACUCCUAUAUCUUCUCCACAAAACAGUGCUCAAUCGCAACCACUUGCGUCGUCACAGCCAUUAUCGAUGCCGUUGUCGUCAAAUAUGACAGCAAUUGGACAGCAGUUAAAACCGCAGUUACCGGUUCAUGGUCUAGGUAGGAAUACUCAGCCUGGUGCUUCGAAAGCAAACAAUCAUGCUGGAAAACAGCGGCAGCGACAACCCCAGCAGCAAUCUGGAAAGCAACAUCCACACCAAGGGCAACCAACUCUUGGUCAGCAGCAAAAUAAACCCUUGAAAGGAGGAAACAUCAUGGAUCAGAGUAUCAUCUCUGUUGAAACGACGGGUCUUGCUUUCACAUCAAGCUCCGUUUCUUCAGAGUUUACAUCUCCAGAUGGAAUUUGA